AUGUCCCUCUUCCUGGCAACAGUGCCAGCUGGCACACAACUCUACCACGGCACGUGGAAAGAAGAACCAAUAGAGGGAAUGGAAUGGCUCGCUUUUGAGGUUGAGCAUGCGAUGAUCUUUGCACAACCGAUGUGGAGGCCACCACCACCUGAUGAAGGUGACGGAGACGACGACUGGGAGCAUAUUAAUAGGAAGGCCGGCUCUCAACGGCCUCUAAGACUGCAAAGCUCAAACCAGGAUGCCAAAUAUGGGUAUUUGCAUACUUACGUCCCUAAAAACCCACUCCGCCUACUCUACGUAGACGGGCAGUCCGGAGCCAAAACCAGUAACGGCACACUCGACACACAGGACACUUUGCUCUUGAAUAUGACGGACACUGGAGGUCCUAUGGGUGGUGAAUUUGAGCGUGCCACUGGUAUGUGCAAUCUCAGUUCAACGGAGUGGAACGGAAAGAUCGACGGGAUUCUACGCAUGGAAGGCGGGUUUGAAAUCAUCCUCUGCGACUUUGAGAAGCACUUGGAGAGGACAGACGUCAUGGCAAUGACGCGAGAGGGGAAACACGACCCAUUUGGUGGUUGGACGUAUACCAAGGCUGUCACGUCGAGGUACUUUGGCAUUGGCAAUGAGCGCGUAACUGUCGAUUACGAAGACUUUGUUAGCGUCUUUGCGUACCCAAAUGUCAAGGGGCUAUUCGACAACGACGUCCAGUCUGAUUACCCUAUGCCAAGGCUGCAGAACGUUCAGGAUUCAGAGCUCGUGCAUAUUAGAAGCGAUGUCACGGAUAUGAUUCUACGAAAAGAUUGGGAUAAGGCAAAAGAGGUGAAGAACUGGCAGGCAGUUGCCGAUGAGGUCGUGCAGCGCUAUAGCCAGACGCUGCAGUAUCUACACACUAACCAGCAUUUUCGCAAAGAUAAAGAUGCGCUUGAGGUGUAUCUCAAGACGCUAUUGCAACCAUUCAUCGACGGCACGGGUCGGAAUGCAACACUCGAAACGCGGCGCUGUGUAGCGCAAACCAUCCCAUCGCUUGCAAGUUCAGCUCAAUCCGCCACAUCUCUCGCCUAUCGCACACUAUAUACUAUCACGCAUCACAUCUGCGAUACGCUCCUUACCUCGCUAUCUAUCGUCUCUUCGCCAAGUCCACCUUCGUCUUUUGAAUCAGUGAGCGCAGCACGUUCACUCGAGCUGGUUGACGAACUGGUGGAUUAUCUGAACUGGACCUCAUGGAAAGAGUGCGGUACUUGCAAAUAUGAAGAAGUAUGCUUCAUUCCUAUUUGGAUGGGCGGAACCCAUGAGGAUCAUGCGAAUCCGAGGUGUUUGAAUGAAGAAUCAUCUAGGAGGAAGUAUGGGUAUUGGUCACACGCAAGCUGGUAA